AUGCACCUAAGUGACCUUCACAUAAGCAAUUACUAAAUGUAAUCCCCUGUUGGAGAAUAGAGAUUGUUGUAUGAUGAGGCAUUUGGACAAAUAAAAUAUCGGCAAAUUCAUACAAGAACUAAGGUGAAAGAAAUAUUAUUGAAAGCAAUUACAAAAUUACGAAAAUACACAAAAAUAAAGAACAUAUAGUUACUCAACAAGCAGUAAUUGCAAGCAUUUAAUGAUUUAUCAAGUAGUCAUGUUUAAUUAGUAAAAAAGGAGAAGGAGACUUCCUAAUUCGAAAAAUAGUAUUACUAAUACAAAUAGCAGAAUCUUAGUUUAUAGUUAAUAGUAAUGAAUCUUAUGUCAAUGGUAAGAAUAAAAGGUUUAAAAAGUAUAAAGGCAAGUCAUCCUUUGUUAAUAUUUUGGAGUUUUUUAAAAUUUAUAUUGGUGCUGCAUUUAUGUUUUAUUUUUCCAUUGUCUGAUUCAUUUAUUUACUAACUCGACGAAUUUAUGUAGUUUUAGUUCCCAAUUUUUUUUAUAGAAAUAAUUAUCUUAGCAAUUGAUAUCAUAAUGAGAUUAAAUGUUCAAAUUUACAAUAAGGGUACUGUUAUAACAUAAACAAAAUAAAUAAUCAUAUAAUAUUUUAAGAAAGAAUUCCUAAUUGAUUUUGGAGGGUUACUGGGAUUGUUGGCAUUUUUGUUCUCUUCUUUUACACCACUAAAAUAUUUAUUUAUACUUAAAAUAAAGGAAUUAUCAAAUUUUAUGGAGGUAUUUAAAUAUGAAAUAGAUCCUAAAGGAAAAUUUAAAAGCCAUUUAAAAUUGAUGACCUUACUAAUAACAGUAGUAUUGUUGGCUCAUUGUUUUGCUUGUGUUUGGAUAGGAGUUGGUUAGCAUUCAAUGAGUAAUAAUUGGAUAGUUUAGAGAAAUUUAGAUAAUUCACAUUGGCUUGAGAUAUAUUUGAAUGGAUUAUACUUUGCAAUUACAACUAUGACAACAGUAGGAUAUGGGGACAUAACACCAAUAAAUCCUUUUGAAGUUUCAAUUAGUAUUUGUUUAACUCUAUUUUCUUCAUGUAUAUUUGCAUAUGUUUUCAAUACGAUUACUUCAAUUUUAAAAGAUUUAGAUGCAAAUAAAAGAAAGAUUAAGCAUGAUUUAGAGAUAUUGAGUUUAUAUAUGAAGAAAAGAAAUAUAGAUUCUGAUUUAUAGAAGAGAGUUGAAAAGUACUAUAUUAUUCAUAUUAAACAGUUAUCUUCGUCUGGUUUACAAACAUUAGACUUCAGUUUAGGAGAAGAAGAUUUUUAGUAAAUUAAGCCCUUAGUUAAAGUAAGAGUUAAAUGAAUAGGAUAAAGGAUUAAUGUUAUUGAAACAACCAGGUUUAGUAAACAAUUUUUCUUUAAAAUUUUUGAGAGAUUUGAUCGAGAGCAUAUAAGAAUUAAAUCUUACACCAAAGGAACAUUUGUCAAAUGAUAUAGGUUUAAAUAUGGUUUAGAAAGGAGAACUUAAAAUAUUAUUUGGUGACAAUUAAACAUUAGUUGGGGAUUUGAAACCAGGAGAUGGGAUGGGAGUGAAGUCUCUGUUUAAUGGAUAGAAUCAGAGUACCAGAUUUAAUUGUAUAAGCGAAGGUUUCUCAUCUAUUUAUUUCAUUUCAUAAUAGGAAUUUUUGAAAAAGUUGAAAGAUACGGAUUUAGAUUAAUAUCAUCAGAUAAAAGAUAAGAUUAUAUAGAAUAAUAAUGAUAAUUUAUAUGAGAGAUGUUUGUUAUGUAGAAAAUAUGGACAUGAGAUUUGUGAAGAAAUAUAUUUUAAUUUGAAUAAAGAAUUGAUAUUAGCUAAAUAUAGGUAUUCUGUUAAUCAGGAGAGGCAAUUAGGGUAUAUUAGAAAGAGAAAAAUGAAAUAACGAGUAUUUUAGGAUUUAGAUAUGAAAAGACAGAGUGCUACACUAUGUUAUUAAAAGUCAAUGAAAAGUAUAAAGAUCUUUGAGAAAUAGAAAAAAGAUGAUGAUGAUGAUGAAAUGUCUUAGAGUUCAAAGAGCGAUGUAAAAGUGUUAUAAUAAACAAGAGUCGUACGAUGAAUUAGAACAACAAAAGCAUUUUCUUGAUGAAUAAAAAGAUAAAAUCACAGUUUAUGCUGAUAAAGAGAACUUCAUGAAAGCUAAAAAUAAGGAGGAGAGAAAAAGUGUGAGAAGUAAAGUGAAAGGAACUUCAUUAGUAAGAAUGUUAUAGAAUUUUACGACUUUGAAAGUGUGGCAAGAUGAUUUCUUUAUUCUUGGAGAUUUUGACAAAAUGAAAUGUUUUAGAAUGUAUUAUCCAACCUACAAUUUUGAUCAAGUGAUCAAAUUUUAUAAUUAAAAGAGAAAGAAGAUGAACAAAACUAUUUACAGAGUACAAUAUGGAUGAACAGUAUUGUUAAGAUUUAAAUUUAUUAUGCUUUUUGAAAUAUUGUGCAUUUUCAAUAAUUAG